GGAAAGAGGAAAUAAGUGUCGUUACUGAGUUCAGAUUUAUAUUUUUAAUUUCUAUACAAUGAAUUUAUUGGAUUGUCCUUGUAAAGGAAAGGAAAAUUAUAAGAAAGUUGAGUGGAAGGAGGAAGAAAUGGUAGAGGGUAGAGAGGGUGGGGAGAUUUGAUUGGUUUGUGAAAUAGCAAGAAAGGGAAGGAAUGUGGGGAUGGGGAAUUGAUGGCAUGUGUUUAUUAUUAUAGGAAUAGGAAUAGGAAUAGGAAUGUGUUUGUUUGAUUAAUAAUCGAUUUCAUAUAUGCGUUGGCGUUGCAUUCCCUUGGUCUUCGCGGGUCCUUUCGCCAACACCUUUUUUUCUCCACACAACAAACACCUUUCGCUCCCAACGCAAAAAUCAUCACCAAAUUCCCUCUCCCUUUGCUACGUUUUCUCAAUUCUCAUUUCCCAAUCGCUUCGUGCUUUCUCGCAAUCUCUGUUGAUCGCUGUAAUUGAGCAUUUAAGCAUUCACGCAUAUCGUUAAUUUCAUUUCAAACGUGUUAUCUCCGUUGCUUGGCUUGUUUGGUUUUUGUGCCACUGUUGUUUCGAAUGUCUGCUCUUUUUCUCCAACUGGGUCCAACAUGUCUAGUUUCGUGGGCGUUCUUGUUUCCGAUCAAUGGCUUCAGAGCCAGUUCACUCAAGUCGAGCUUCGGACCCUCAAAUCCAAGUAUGUGUCGGAAAGGACCCAAUCGGGACGUGUUACUGUCGGAAAUUUGCCACCUAUUUUUAAGAAAUUGAAGGGUUUCGCUGAAUUGUUCACCGAGGAUGAGAUUAAGGCGGCCUUGGCAGAGUCGUAUCAGAACAUGGAUGAAGAAAUUGAUUUUGAGUCCUUCCUGAGGGCACAUUUAAAUCUGCAAUCCCGAGCAGUAGCAAAAGAUGGUGGUACAAAAAGUUCUUCCUCGUUUUUGAAGGCAGCUACAACAACUGUUCAUCAUGCAAUUAAUGAAUCUGAGAAAGCUUCUUAUGUCGCUCAUAUUAACAACUACUUGGCUGAAGACAAAUUCAUGAGUCAGUUUCUUCCAAUGGAUCCAGCAUCCGAUGCAUUGUUUGAUCUUGCAAAAGAUGGAGUCCUUCUUUGCAAACUUAUUAAUAUUGCUGUUCCUGGGACCAUAGAUGAGCGAGCUAUUAACACAAAACGGGUUCUUAACCCAUGGGAAAGGAAUGAGAACCAUACCCUUGGCCUCAAUUCAGCCAAGGCUAUUGGGUGCACCGUGGUUAAUAUUGGUACACAGGAUUUAGUUGAAGGAAGACCCUAUCUGGUGCUUGGUCUGAUUUCACAAAUAAUCAAGAUUCAAUUGUUAGCUGAUCUCAAUCUGAAGAACACUCCUCAACUUGUGGAAUUAGUGGAAGAUGACAAGGAUGUGGAGGAGCUUAUCAGUUUAGCACCUGAAAAGGUUUUACUGAAAUGGAUGAAUUUCCACUUGAAGAAAGCUGGAUAUGAGAAACAAGUUACAAACUUCUCUUCUGACCUAAAGGAUGGAGAGGCUUAUGCAUACUUGCUUAAUGCUCUUGCCCCAGAAGUGGCAGGUCCAGCUGCCCUAGUCACAAGUGACCCAACAGAAAGGGCAAGCAUGGUUCUUGAGCAGGCAGAGAAAUUAGAUUGCAAGAGAUACCUCACUCCAAAGGACAUAGUGGAGGGGUCACCUAAUCUUAAUCUUGCAUUUGUUGCUCAAAUUUUCCAGCAUAGGAAUGGCCUUACAGCUGACACCCAGAAAAUGUCCUUUGCUGAGAUGAUGACUGAUGAUGCAGAAACAUCUCGGGAAGAACGAUGCUUCAGACUAUGGAUUAACAGUCUUGGAAUUGCCACUUAUGUCAAUAAUGUUUUUGAGGAUGUCAGAAACGGAUGGGUUCUAUUAGAAGUUCUUGACAAGGUUUCACCAGGAUCUGUCAAUUGGAAGCUGGCGACAAAGCCUCCUAUUAAGAUGCCAUUUCGAAAAGUUGAGAACUGCAACCAAGUUAUAAAGAUUGGGAAGGACCUAAACUUUUCCUUGGUGAAUGUUGCUGGUAAUGAUAUUGUACAAGGGAAUAAGAAGCUCUUACUGGCAUUUUUGUGGCAGCUGAUGAGAUUUACUAUGCUUCAACUUCUGAGAAAUUUGAGAUCUCACUCACAAGGUAAAGAGAUUACUGAUGCUGAUAUUCUAAACUGGGCAAACAAUAAAGUGAAGAGAGCAGGAAGAACUUCUCAAAUGGAAAGUUUCAAGGAUAAGAAUCUUUCCAGUGGCGUUUUCUUCCUUGAGCUUUUGAGUGCUGUGGAGUCAAGGGUGGUCAACUGGAGUCUUGUUACUAAAGGGGAGACUGAUGAAGAUAAGAAAAUGAAUGCAACAUAUAUAAUCAGUGUUGCCCGAAAACUUGGAUGUUCCAUUUUCCUGUUACCGGAGGACAUAAUAGAGGUCAACCAAAAGAUGAUACUUAUUUUAACUGCAAGUAUCAUGUAUUGGAGCCUGCAGAAACCUGAAGAAAGGAACAACCUUGGAGCACCCCCUCCAGCCGAUGGUGAAAACGAAACAGAUGUAGUUGAGGAGGUAUCCAAUUUAGCCAUUCAUGAUGCUGCUUCGGAAGAUGCUGCUCCAGAGAAUGACAGCUCUUCGUAAGUCAGAAAUGUGGAAAUUUCUGUUGACUUUAAAGGUUGAAGCAAACCAUACCCAAUAGAUAAUGAGGGGGGAAAAACAUUUUUGUUUUUAUAAUUAAAGGAAGAUGCCAACCUCUUGGUUUCCAGUUCGAAGGAGAGCUUAUUAUUUGUUAAUUAUUAUGAAAAACCACAGAUAAUAGAAGGAAGGAAUUGUAAAUUCUUCUUUUAGAUUUUUUUUGUACUUAGGCAUAUUCUUUGACGAAAAUUGCAUGCAAAUUUUCCCAAUAAUAAUAUGGGAGGAAGGCAUCGUUUUAUUUAUCGUCUGAAUGUUCAAUAUUACUAUUAAUGCGUUCAUGUCAGAUACGGGUUGAAGUGGAUGAACAGAACCAGUGAUUAUUUAUACACACUGAUUUAGAAUA